AUGACUCUCGAAGAGAAUGUCAAGGAGUUCGGUGUGACCUACUUUGGCCUGGGGGAUAAAAGACAAGGCAUUGUUCACAUUAUCGGUCCUGAGCAAGGGUUCACUCUUCCAGGCACAACAGUGGUCUGUGGUGACAGCCAUACAUCUACUCAUGGAGCUUUUGGUGCUUUGGCAUUUGGCAUUGGUACCAGUGAGGUAGAACAUGUCCUGGCCACACAGACAUUGAUCACCAAGCGAAGCAAGAAUAUGCGCGUGCAAGUGGAUGGAGAGCUUCCGCCAGGUGUCAGCAGUAAGGACAUUGUACUGCAUGUGAUCGGUGUUAUUGGAACCGCUGGUGGCACGGGAGCAGUAAUCGAAUUUUGCGGCUCCGCUAUCCGAGGCCUUAGCAUGGAGGCACGCAUGUCAAUUUGCAACAUGUCUAUCGAAGCUGGUGCUAGGGCUGGCAUGAUCGCCCCCGAUGAAAUCACAUUCGAAUAUCUAAAAGGCAGACCCCUUGCUCCAGAGUAUGGCAGUGCCGAGUGGAAGAAGGCGGUUGCGUAUUGGUCGAGCUUGAAAUCCGAUGAGGGGGCCGUCUAUGAUAAAGAGGUCUUCAUAGAUGCAAAGGACAUCGUGCCAACAAUUUCCUGGGGAACCUCGCCUCAAGAUGUGGUUCCAAUUACUGGCGUUGUGCCCGGCCCCGACGAUUUCUCGGAUGAGGUCAAGAAAGCUAGCUGCCGUCGCGCCCUGGAGUACAUGGGACUAACAGCUGGUACACGAAUGGAAGAUAUCCCAAUUGACAAGGUCUUUAUUGGCUCGUGCACAAAUGCGCGAAUCGAAGAUCUUCGAGUUGCCGCUCAUAUUGUAGAGGGCAAGAAAAUUGCCUCGAAUGUCAUGCGAGCAAUGAUCGUUCCCGGUUCUGGGUUAGUUAAGCGACAGGCAGAAUCGGAAGGACUUGACAAGACAUUCGUCGAUGCAGGGUUUGAAUGGAGAGAAGCCGGAUGUUCCAUGUGCCUUGGUAUGAAUCCCGAUAUUCUCUCCCCUCGGGAACGAUGUGCCAGUACAUCAAACAGAAACUUCGAGGGUCGGCAAGGUGCCGCUGGCCGGACACAUCUGAUGUCACCCGCUAUGGCUGCUGCUGCUGCGAUAGUAGGAAAGCUGGCGGAUGUUCGCAAACUUGCCUCAACGAUCCCGAUAUCACAGAAGAAAUCCUCGCCUAAAUUCGAAAUACAUCCAGAGGUAGAAGAUGAGGAAGAGCUUGAUCGAAUCCUGGACUACCCUGAAGACAACGAACCACAUAACAACACGACUGCUGAGAAAUCUUCCGCUGGGCUUCCUAAGUUCACUACCCUAAAAGGAAUUGCUGCCCAUCUGGAUCGAGCCAACGUUGAUACUGAUGCCAUCAUACCCAAGCAAUUCCUGAAGACAAUAAAGCGAACUGGCCUCGGCAGUGCCCUUUUCCACCCUCUGCGAUACCAUGAGGAUGAAUCGGAAAACCCAAACUUCGUUCUGAACAAGGGGCCAUAUCGCAACGCGAAAAUUCUUGUCAGUGGCGAAAACUUCGGAUGUGGAAGUUCUCGUGAGCAUGCCCCUUGGGCACUGCUUGAUUUCGGCAUUAAAUGUAUAAUCGCGCCGUCUUUUGCUGAUAUUUUCUUCAACAAUACUUUCAAGAACGGAAUGCUUCCAAUUGCGAUCCCCGAUGCUGCUACUAUUCAGCAGCUAGCCGCUGAGGCUGAUGCUGGCCGUGAACUGGAAGUUGACCUUGUCAACCAACGAAUCAAUGACGCUGCUGGCAAUAAGCUUGCAGACUUUGAAGUUGAAGAGUUCCGUAAACAUUGUCUCAUUAAUGGUCUUGACGAUAUUGGCUUGACAAUGCAAAUGGAGAGUUUAAUUCGUAAGUUUGAGGGACAGCGGACACGCGAGACACCAUGGCUCGAUGGAAGCGGAUAUUUAAAGAGACAAAACGGGAAUGGAACUGGCCCUGCCAUGGUGGAGGCUGCUCCUGUUCCCAAGACCAAUAGGGGUGAGAUCAAAGGUGAGCCUUUGGAAUGGUAG